AUGUUUCCCUCUGAACAUUACAUUCCAAUUUUUUUAAUUUUUAAUAUCUUCUUUCUUGUAUCUGGAGCCUGCGGUGUAACGCCUUUCGAACAAUGGAACCAAGAUCCGGAACCACUUAAAGCAACUACUACGGAGGAGCCUGUAAAUGUUGCCAGACGGGAAGAACCCCCAUUUGUCCCUAUUUUUGAAGAUCGUCCCAGAAUUCUUUGUGGUCAGGCCAUGAUUCAUGCACUAAAAGAACAAUGUGGGGAACGUGGAACAUACUCCCCUUACAAAAAACGAAUGGCUCGUGAUUUAAUAUCUAUAACUCGAGGAAUAUAUGGUCCUGAUUUAACUGAUAACUUGCCAAGAAGACGUUUGAGGAAACGCUUCGAUGAUUAUUGCCAGGUUUAUUUGCGAUAUGAGCCAGAAUCGCCACUUUCCCAGUGUUGUUGUCUUGGAUGUACUCGAGCAUAUUUGGAGAAUUUUUGCGCUGAACCAUGA